AUGACGCAACGCCAGCGCCCUCUCUCAUUGGCCGCCGCUGGCCCCUCGGUGGCCGUUGCCAGGCGGAGCGGCGGAAGGUGGCGGCGCGGCCGCGGCGGGAGGGAUGAAACCGGCUCCGGGACGGCGGCGGCGGCGGUUGCCAUGGGGCGCGUACGCGGGGUCCGGGGGCCGCUGCGGCCCGGAACGGGAGCGGGGCACGGGCCCGCGGCGUUCGCCGCCUCCGGAGCGGGGCUGACACCGGGGGAUGCGCUGCCCGCUCCGUGCCUCCUUGCAGAUGCCGGGGCGCCGCCGGUGAUCUCGCUCCUGGAGGGCCGCGUGUACCAUGAGUCGUCCCCGCAUCACUUCUGCUACACCAACACGCACAAGCCGCGGUGGCACGAGAUCUGGACCAGGAUGCAGAUCCGGGUGAACAGCAGCCGCAUGAUCCGGGUCACCCAAGUGGGCAGCGAGGAGGAGCUGGGCGAGUCGAGCGUGUGGAGUUUCCUUUCGUCCUUCCUAAAGGAGAAGCUGAACGACACCAGCAUCGACGUGGACCUCUACAGCAAGAAAACCUGCCUCAAGGUGGAGCUGCUGGAGGACGGCACCGUGUACUGCGUCGUCCUCUUCCGACGCUUCGACCCGAAGCUGUUCCUGGUGUUCUUCCUGGGCCUGUUGCUGUUCUUCUGUGGGGACGUGCUGAGCAGGAGCCAACUCUUCUUCUACUCGGCCGGGAUCAGCUUUGGCUUGCUGGCUUCAUUGCUCAUCCUCAUCUACAUGGUCUCCAAGGUCCUGCCCAAGAAGAACCAUGUUUACUUGCUGCUGGUGGGGGGCUGGUCCUUCUCCCUGUACCUGCUUCAGCUGAUCUUCAAGAACCUACAGGAGAUCUGCAGGACCUACUGGCAGUACCUGCUGGGUUACCUGCUCCUCAUGGGCUUCGUGAGCUUCGGCAUCUGCUACCGCUACGGCCCAUUGGAGAAUGAGCGCAGCAUCAACCUCCUCUCCUGGGCCCUGCAGCUCCUGGGCCUCUUACUGAUGUACUCAGGCAUCCAGAUCCACCCCAUCGCCUUGGCCUUGGUGGUCCUUGCCUUCUGCACCAAGAACCUGGACUACCCAUUGCAGUGGGCUUUCGCUGCCUACAGGAGGCUGCAGGGCGCCUGGCUCGGGCCGAGCCCCCCACGCCUGCUCACGGAGGAGGAAUUCCGGCUCCAGGGCGAGGUGGAGACCCGCAGGGCCCUCGAGGAGCUUCGGAGCUACUGCAGGAGCCCGGAUUUCUCUGCCUGGACAGCGGUGUCCCGCAUCCAGGCGCCCAAGAGGUUUGCUGACUUCGUGGCCGGCGCCUGUCACGUCACCCGCGACGAGGUCUCUGUCCACGAGCGCGAGUACGGCCUCGGUGGCAUCUUCCUUGAGGACCAGCUCUUCGAGGAGGAGGAGGAGGAUGAAGAUGAUGAUGAUGAUGAUGCCUCCCUUGCCAGGAAUCACACCUGUAACUCCCUGCCCUACAACCACCUGGGUGCUCAUUGAGGUUGGCUGCCCUGCACGGAGGUGAGGGGCAGAACUGCUGCUGCUGCCCCAUUGGAGCCCCUCUUCCCGCGCCAGCACCUCCGGGCUCUGCUGGGAGCCUCCCUGGCUAUGGGGUGGGGACGGAGCGGAAGUGCU